AUGGGCAUCACAAUAAAUGAUUCUUCUUUCAACUGCUUGGAUUGUCGGAAGCGCUUCCCAUCGGACAAGGUUAUGUCCCAUUUGGAAACCACAACUCACAAACAUUUCACCCUUUUUGACGACCAUGAAGUUCUCAAAUGUGAUUUCUGCUUUAAGGUGAACGCUCGCCGUCUAGCCUGUGUCAAAGUCAACGAAUGCUUGUUCGUCUCCUGUGAUUCCUGCAUUGCUGAAUUGGAUUCGCCGGAGGCUCAGGAACCAUCAGUUUUCCAAAUGUUCAAAACUUAUCAAGAAAUCAGAAGAGAUAUGUAUGGAAAAAUGACUGAUUUGCUUUCUUUCUCUACCAAGAAAUUCCUCAAAAUUGAAAAGCGGUUUUCUAAAAGAGGUUUGAAAGUUUGGAAGGAUGAUUUGGGUAAUUUCACCAUUAUCAAAGGUCAACCAAAAGGUCAAUAUUACAAACAACAAAUCAGUGCCACCGUUUCCAAAAAAAUGAUAGGCGAUGCAAAUAUCAAGGAAUUAACUCAAGAUGACAACAAUCUCCCAACAUCUGAAAAAAUUGCCGAGGUGAUUGAUGAUCAAUUAGCACUCGAAACUGCUCCUGUUGAGCUGGAAAUGAAGACUUGUUCUUUCAAAGAUGUCGAGAAGAUUAUUCAUAAAAUGUCUAAAAAACCACCGAAACUUCAUUAUUCUACUCUUGGACACUACUUGCGCGAAAUGAGCUUUUGUGUAUAUCUUGAGGAACUUUUUGAAACCUUUCCUUCUGAUCCUCUUAUUUAUAACAAAUCCAAUGCUAAUAAAUAUUAUGUUGAGUUGGAUUACCAACAAGAAAUGGUGGAAAGACUCAGUGACAAAAUGAGGAGCCUCAAAGAUAUUCCUUUUUCUCCACAUCAAUUAUUUAUUUUGGCUAACGAGCAAAAUGUCUGGUAUGGUUACGUGGAAUCACGCUGGUUGGACAAUGCUGACAGUCCAAGCAGAAUCAACGUGAUUGUGAAUUUGUAUAAUUGGAACAGCAAAGGCUUGCCAAGAAGAUCAAAUGAUAUUAAAAUAUUCCCGUGCUCGUACAAUGCUAGCAGGAUCUUAAAUUCCAUGGAUAAAUUAUAUCAGCUGCAGAUGAAGACUUUGUUGAUUGGGAAAUCGGCACACUCACUUACUGAUUCUGUGAACUACGAUAUUGACAAUUUGGAAUUUUUCAAUAGUGCAUUCAACCAGUAUCAAAGACUGGCAGUGAAAUAUGCAUUGAAGAUGUCUGUAUCAUUGAUCAGAGCCCCAUUUGGUACUGGAAAGACCGUGCUUAUUGUCGAGUUGGUUCGUCAAUUAUUGCGUAUGGGAGUCUAUCCCAUCAGAGUGGUUGCCGCUUCUAACUUGGCUGUUGAUAAUAUCGCCCAAUUAAUGAUUCCACAAUAUAAAGAUGAUAUUUUACGGAUUGUUUCCCAAGGAGUGGAAAGUAAAUACAGAAAUAGCCACCAAUUGAGUGGUGUUUGCGUGCACAAUAAAGUGGGGAAACUUUUAGGCGAUAAGUGUCUUGAAAUCAAAAAAAAAUUGGAAACCAAGAAGCCGGUGAAACCUAACGAGUUCAAACUUUACAGACGGGAAUGUUACGAGCUCAGUUCGAAAUUGGCAUCAAAAGCCAAAGUUAUUUUUUCAACCACGAGUUGUGCAGAUAGAUAUUCGGAUAAUUACGGAUACAAGGUUCCAGUGGUAAUCAUGGACGAAAGCACCGAAUCUUCUGAACCAAGCUGCUUGAUUCCAUUAUCAUUGCCAGGAGUGAAAAAAGCGAUUUUUGUCGGAGAUGACAAACAGCUUAGCUUUUUCAGCAAAUCGAAAUAUUUGACUCUUUCCUUGUUUGAAAGAUUAAUCGAAAAUAAUAAAGUUGGAGAGCCAGAAAUGUUGCAUACCCAAUUUAGAAUGCAUCCUAUCCUUAGUGCGUUUCCUAAUGUUCAUUUUUAUAAUGGGUUGUUGGCUAAUGGGGUUAGUGCUGAAGAAAGAACUAUCACAAGUAUCCACAAUCCGGUGGUUUGGUGGAACACUGCUUCGCUCGAAAAGCAUUCUGAAAAAGCAAUCACCGCCCUGGAAAGUGUUGUAUCUGUAGAUGGCCAUGAAACCUAUGACAAUGAAACUGAGGCUGAUCUUGUGGUGAAAGUGAUCAAAAAAUUAGUGUAUGAAAAGAAGGUGAAGAGAAAAGAUAUUGGGAUCAUUACCCCAUACAGGGGCCAGAAAGUGAGGAUUGCCAAUGCUCUCUUGAAAGAUAUGAAAGUCCAGAAUAAUAAGAUUGUGGAUAUCAGUGAUGAUAAUGAAGAAUUAUUCAACGACAAAAUAAGCUCAACCAUUAUGAAGCUUGAUGGGGUGGAAAUCAGUUCGAUUGAUGGGUUUCAGGGGAAAGAGAAGAAAUUCAUUGUAUUGUCAUUAGUUAGAUCCAAUGAUAAGGGUAGUAUUGGGUUUUUAAAUGAUAAAAGAAGAACCAAUGUCGCUUUGACUAGGGCCAAGUUUGGAUUGAUUUUGGUUGGUGAUUUGACCUGUAUGAGAAAGAAGGAUGGGACGUGGAAGGCAUAUGGAGAGUGGUUGAAAGCAAAUGGUAGAAUUAUCGAAGGAGAUGAGUUUACUUAUUAA